AUGUUUGCAUGGAACGCCAUCAUUUGCGGAUUACUUUCUCUACUCGUACGAGCUGUAUGGAACUUUCCCACAACAGCCGGGACAGAUCUGACUCAGCCGGCAUCCUCUUCACUUCCGCCGGUUGCGCUCUUCUUUUCACGUCUGGAUACGUAUGUGAUCUACCAUGACUACGGUCCUACCGGCGUUUUCCCAUUGCAAAUCAAUAUCGCACAGUUCAAGGCUGCGUAGGUUGCAUUCCUGCAUUUCAGUUACCCGGGCGACGAAGUCGUGAUGAUCAAAAUUAAUACGCUAUUACCGUAAUAAUAAGCAUUGGAAUCUGUUUUAGAGUAAUUAUGAUUAUGACGGAAAUGUUGGAGAUCUUACGACAUAUUCCGAAGGUGGAACUCCACUGCCAUCUAGAAUGCGCGGUACAAUUUACGACCCUUUUGGAUGAGCACCGCCGGCAAGGAAUACCCCUUCCGUUUACGGCAGAAGCCGAUCUACGAGAAUAUUUCCUCAUCGAGGAACCUGUCGACGAUUUUCAGCGAUACCUGCUUGCCAUAGAAAGACAUCAGGUGAUAUUUGGCGAUGUCAGUGCUAUUUCCCGAGUGGCAGAAGAAACGGUGAUUAGUAAGGCUGCCGAUAAUGUCAAAUUAUUUGAGCUGCGCUAUUCUCCGACAUACAUGUCCAGGCAGACCAAGGGCCGACUUUCACAGAGUACCAUUCACGAAGCGGUCAAAGCGGGCGUGACGAGAGGUGUUGCAGCCGCCUUAAAUAAUAACCAGGACAUCCAUGUUUUUCUCAUCUGCUGCGAUCACGUAAUUUUUAAACACUCGCCCUGGGAUGCGGAUGGAUUUAAAGACAGCGUUAACUUUGCGCUUCACCACAGAGCUGACUUUGUUGGGUUCGAUGUGGCCUGCACCGAAGCCGAUAUGAACCCGUGUUCACCGUUUCUCGAUCGCCUUAAGGAUGCCGGCCUAGGCAUUACCGUACAUGCCGAGAGCGACAUGGAACCGGAAAAGAUCCGCUUCUUGGUGGAUAGGUUGCAUGCAACGCGGGUUGGACACGGACUGCAUGUGCCUGAGGAUUCUGCCAUCUUCGCCUAUCUGAAAGACAAACGUAUCCAUAUGGAAGAAGCCCCAACGGCCAAUGUGCGGAGUGGAGAAGUGGAGAAUCUACAAAAUCAUCCCAUCCAGCGGUAUAUCCAAGGAGGAUUUAGUGUCUCGAUCAACUCGGACGACCCCGGGAUUCUGGAUCACACGUUAACGGAUGAAUAUCAUGUCCUGCACCACACAUUCGGCUAUGACAUGGCUACAUUUUUAAAAAUAAAUCUUCUGGCACUGCACAGUUCCUUUGCAGCAGAAGAUGUCAAACAAAAACUGUUGGAUUUAUAUUUUGUGCGGAAUCUAAAAACAAGCGUCAGCUGAAGUGCUGGAGAUUUAGCUUUGUAUUAUGCUAUGCAGCAGUGCAUAUUCAUCGACGGUGUAAAGACGCUGCAAGCGAUUCGUUAAAACAGCAUCGCUUUAUUAUUUGUUUGAUAUGCUCCAUUUUAUAAACUGUGCUCGAUGGAAUUAAAA